AUGGCAGCAAUCUACACAGUCUUUACGUCGCCGCAUCAUCCGCCAGUGCCAGAUCAUCUACCUACGCUAAUCGUGACGCCGCUGGGCAAGCCCCAGCAGAUCCUGUAUACCUAUCUGCACACGAGCUACAACAGGGAAAACUAUCUCUUGACGCCCUCUGAAGCAGGCGACCUUUGCGUAGCAAAGCUCUUUCCGCCCAUCUCUUCCGGCAGCUCUACCAACGGACCUGCUCGCGGCACACCUGGCGACGGUCAUGGACCUAACGCGCAUCGUGGCGUAAAGUGUGAGGCCAGUCGAAACCUGAAAUGGACGAUCUACAACACCGGAGUACUGUCGCCCAUCUACAAGCUUACGUUGCCGCCAGCUGGGCAAGACGCGUCGGACCCAAAUGAUCCUCACGGUCAAAAUGCACAUGGUAGCGCAGGUGGGGGCGACGAGCAGCCCUUGUUCCAGAUCAGCAAACCCUCGCCACAAUCGCCUUUUUGGACGCUCUUCUACUUUACCUAUGCUGGUCAUCUGAUACCCCCAAAGCGAGUCGAAUUCGGCAAGAUCUCCAAGAACGUCGCAGACGCAUCUGGGAAAGGCGGCGGAGGUACCCGGGUGGCCAUGACGGGCAGGACUGAAGACGAAAAAGCCGUCUGGAAGACACUCGGCGAAGGUAAUGAAGACAUGGUCGAGUGGAUUGUCCUCUGUGCUGCUCUCAAUGUUCUGGACGACGAGAUCAUCAAGGCAGCUGAAAAGACCGGCACUCGACUGGGCGUCGGACUCAUGAGUCCCCCGUCAGCCGCCUCGCAUACUCAAACACAACCCAGGCCGAUGGCGCCACCGGCCCAGCCGCAGCCAUUCUCCCAGCGAGGGCCCCCGCAGCCUAACGCGAGACCGCCGAACGGCGCCCUACCGCCGGGUCAGCGACCUGGCUCGACACAGCACGGCAAAAGUGCCUCUUACUCGCUGCAUCCUACAGGCAAUGCCAAGCAAGUGGGACCCAGCCAACAGAGUCGAGGCUUUGCGCCGCCACAACAAGUUCAACUGCGGCAUCCAGAGCAACGUGCCCAUCUGCAUCGGCCUAGUGGUCCCGCGCAGAGCUCACCCCAGAUGCGCGGUCCACCGCAAACGCAGCCGCAGCCACAUCAAGCUUCCUAUCAUCCCAGUGGACCGCCUCAGCAACGCCUGCCGCCACCCUUGACGAUGCCAUCGCCAUUACAAAGCAAUAGUCAGCAGACUCGGAACUACCUGCCGCCCCAGCAAGUGCAAGCUCAGGAUCAGCAACAGUGCUUGCCGAAUGGAUACCCGACACCGAACGGACUGCCAGACAAUCAGAACCGAAGUUUCGCCCCGCCAGUCAAUAUGCCGAUACCCAUGCAGCAACGGACACAGGGGCAAAGCAGGUCAGCGCCGCCAUCGCAUGAUCCGCCCAAUAUCCGCUUACCGCCAAACCCGGUGAAUAGCAGUCAGCUCGAUUCAGGCAUGUCUGGGCUCCGGGUGGCGGGGUCUCGACAGUCUGCACCAAAUUCGGUCGACCCGGGGCAAGCACCCGCUACUAGUGGAUUCACUGCGCCAAUGCCGGAGCCAGCACGGCCUCGGUCGCAGCCGGAAGUGCAUCGGUCGCCUCUGAUCUCGUAUAGCAAGCCCACGCCGCGCUCGUACUCGCCUGGCCCGCGACAACAAGGCUCCGCGCCUCCUUCGAGCCAUUCGAGCUAUCAGUCCGUGACGUCCUCUUCGUCUCGGGGACCGUCACCUCUGCCCGGUCAAACACCGGUCAGCUCUACUUCCAGCACGCCUUCGUUCAUGAGUAGAUUCGGAGCACGUGCGCCAGGAUCUAAUGCCAAAGAUACCAAUCGGCCGCCAGACUUCAGCAAGCCGACGGACAAAUCGAAGAAGGGGAAAAAGAAAUAG